AGUCGGUGUCUGCAAUAUCAGGGUCGAAAAUGGCAGGCCUUAUCUCGCACAGUUUUCACCGAUUCCGACUAUUGAAUCCAACGAAACUAAAUUAUGCAUUAUCAGCAUUUUUUCACAAGACGCCCUACGUUAAUGCUAGAAUAUUUGAUUUUGGUGAUGAUGAUGCCAGCAGUGACUCUUUCCUGGACAAUCUUUGUGAAGUUCACAGUGAGCUUGCUUCAGCAAUGAUUGAGGAUGCCAACAGUAGUGUAAAUACUGUACCAUACUGCCUGCAGUCAGAAGUAGCAGCUACUAAGACCUAUACAGAAUCCAAGCUAAGCUUAGAUUGUAGUACAGAAAAUUCAGCAAAUAUCGUGGAUGUUAAUAAACUUGAGGAAAUUAGUGAACCUCGUUCAGAUUCUACAUUAUUGGGUACCAUGAGCACCAGUGAUGUUAGAUUACCACCGUCCAGAACUUUAGGGACAGAUGACUCUAAAACUGAUUCAGAACCUGUAGUGAGUGUCAAAGAUUCAGAACCUAUAGUUAGUUUCAAAGAUGACUUGGUUGAAACAGUGGUUGCCCCAACAAAAUUAACACAGGCUGAUCCACCAUUAGCUGUUGAAACAAAAUUAAUACAUAAUUCAAAAUUAUGUGUUGACAAUGCUCCACCAAAUGAAAUCCCACAUGAAGCAAAAUUAAUUGAUAAAGAAGAAUUAAUUUUGGAUAAUGCUGCAAGCCAAGAAAAAUCCAGGUGAAGAAAAAUUAGUGGACAGUUCGGAAUUAAUUGUGGAUGGUGUUAUACCAAAGGAAAUCCAUGAUGAAGUAGACUUAGCUUUGAAUGAUGUACCAAUGAAAAUCCUAGAUGAAGAAAAAUUAAUAGACAAGGCAGAAUUAAUUGUGGAAAGUGUUGUACCAAUCAAAAUCGCUGAUGAGGCAGAAUUAGUUGUAAAUGAAAGGCCUGAUGAAGCAAAAUUUUUAAAUACCACUGAACUGAUUUUGGAUAAUGAUCUGCCUGAUGGUGAAAUGCCAUCCCCUACUGACAUCCACAAACAUGACAGCAAACCUUGUGAAAUAACAGCUGCUGUUGAUCAUCCAGAGCAUCCUCCUCCUAUCUGUCAGGUUCCUGAGGAGACAAAAGACGUCAAGAUUGGAACCCUCAUAGCUCUUAUGGCACCCGAAGGUGAAGAUUGGCAGUCUGUAACAAUUCCAGCUUCAGAAGGUGCGCCGACUCUUGAAGCAGAAACUGCACCUCCCACUGCUCCCCAAGUGAGCCAAGUUGCGGCAACACAUGGAGGUCACAUACAAGGCAAUUUUGGCCCUUCGGUUCGACUACUACUAGAGCAUUAUGGUUUAACUCCUGAUCAAGUGCCUCAUGGUGGUCCCCAUGGCAUUCUUGUCAAAGGAGAUGUCCUCAAGAUAAUUAAAGAAAGGAAUCUUCAACCCAUACCUCUGCCAACUGUCCCCCCUCCUGAAGCUCCAAAACCAUCUGCUGUCACAGCACCUUCUCCUGCUGCAGCUGUCACAACUCCUGCUGGUCCACCACCAAAACCAAUCCCUGGGGUUUCAGAAGAUGGAUUUGAAGACAUCGAAAUUACAAAUAUAAGAAGAGUUAUUGCCAAAAGACUGACACAGUCUAAGAGUGGCAUAGCCCAUUCCUACGGAACUCUUGAAUGCAGAGCAGAUGAAUUAAUUGCCUUAAGAAAACAAUAUAAGCUGGAAGGCAUCAAUGUCAGUAUUAAUGAUAUUAUCGUCAAAGCUGUUGCAGUUGCCCUUACUUCAUGCCCAGAAAUGAAUUGUGUCUGGCGAGGAGAACAGUUGGUAAUGUCAAAUGAAGCAGACAUAAGUGUAGCUGUGGCUACACCUUCAGGUCUUAUUACUCCCAUUGUAUUUGGGGCAAAUAAUAUAGGCAUCGAAGAUAUUGCAAGUCGCGUGAGAGAUUUAGCAGGAAGAGCAAGGGAAAACAAGUUGAAACCUGAAGAAUUUCAAGGAGGAACAUUCACGAUAUCAAAUCUAGGAAUGUUUGGGAUUUCAGAGUUCAGUGCAAUUAUAAACCCUCCACAGUGUGGCAUCUUGGCAGUGGGUGGAAGUAGAUUACUAUGUGAUGAGUCUGGUAACCCGGUGACAUACAUGAGUGCCACUCUUUCUUAUGAUCGUGCUGGUGUUGAUGACGAAACUGCAGCUAAUUUUCUUAAUACACUAAAGUCUCUCCUUGAGAAUCCUUCAACAAUGGUACUAGGAUCUCAUUCACCUGUAGACCAUCCAAUGGCAGCAUUGUUGUAAACAUAGUAGUCAAGUUGUAGUUUUUUCUUAUUGUGGGAAACCGAAAAAAACUAGAAAAACUAUAGUGUUCACAAGUUAUGAUUCUGAGGGAACAUUUGAAAGUACAUGGGAUUCUUUGGUAUGGGGGAAAGAAAAAAUCAGUUGUGCUAUUUUUCUUUAAUAUUUUCUACAGUCACAGUAGAAAAGAUAUAAUGUGAUGCAUUAACAAAAAUACAGUACUGCCAUUUUAGGAUAAAAGUAAAUUGCAAAUACUAUAGAUGUUGCAGUAUUGUAAAGCUAAUCUUUUUAUCAGUGUUGUAUAUAUGUUCAUGCGUGUACAGUACCAUUAUUUUAAGGAUUAUAAAUUAUAUAUAUAAUAUAUAAA